AUGAGCGGCUGGACAGUAACAUUCGUUGCACUGUGUUUUCUCGGGUAUACAGUAGCAGGUGAGUGCUACUGUAGGAAAGCUCUAUACUAAAGAGCCCUUAUCUUAUCUUCUAACAGAGCUUUUAUUAAAAAUAACUAACUAAUGAAAACUUAUCUUUUUAAAAAUGUAUAGACUCUAAAACUUCCAACACUUAAAGAUUGUCAUUUUCCUUAUAAAGCUUUACGUUUACUAUAUUACAGAUCAAAGCUUUGACGAACAAACCGCCGAAAAACGAGCCCGCCCCGACCCGUCGAUGCUACGCGCCGCCAACUGGAUUAGCACUCGACCUGUGAUCAGUCCCGACAACGAGAUCGGCUACCUGAUUCAGUACCUAGAGAAACGUGCCGGUUCCAUGGAGAACGAAGCCGAAUCCCGCGACAUUCGAUCGCCGUUGGGUACGAUGCGUUUCGGGAAACGCGCCGAUGGACCCCUGGGUACGAUGAGAUUCGGAAAACGGAAUCCACUCGGUACUAUGCGAUUCGGAAAGAGGAACCCGCUCGGAACGAUGAGGUUCGGAAAACGUGCCGAUGGACCGUUGGGAACAAUGCGCUUCGGCAAGAGGACCCCUGAUUUUGACGAGUAUUAG